CGGAUCUACCUGCGCUGACAUCGGCGGGGGAGGGGGGGAGCCACCAGAAGCAGCCUGUGGGGCGCUCGGCCGGAGUCGCUGUCCGCCGCCGCCGCCAUCCGCGCAUCGCCGCGCCCGACAGACCCCCCUCCCCUCCCCGCGCCAUGUCGGACUUCGACAGCAACCCUUUCGCCGACCCGGACCUCAACAACCCUUUCAAGGAUCCUUCAGUUACACAAGUGACGAGAAAUGUUCCUCCAGGAUUAGAUGAAUACAACCCUUUCUCAGAUUCAAGAACACCACCACCAGGAAAUGUCAAAGUUCCCAAUGUGCCCAGUACGCAGCCAGCUAUAAUGAAACCAACUGAGGAACCACCUGCUUACACACAGAUUGCAAAGGAACAUGCCCUGGCCCAGGCUGAACUCCUUAAGCGUCAAGAAGAAUUAGAAAGAAAAGCAGCUGAACUAGAUCGCAGGGAAAGAGAGAUACAGAGCCUCAACCAGCAGGGAGGAAGAAAGAACAAUUGGCCUCCACUACCUGGGAAUUUCCCAGUGGGACCCUGUUUUUACCAGGAUUUCUCCGUAGACAUUCCUGUAGAAUUCCAGAAGACAGUAAAGAUUAUGUACUACUUGUGGAUGUUUCAUGCAGUGACGCUGUUUCUUAACAUCUUUGGAUGUCUGGCCUGGUUUUGCCUACAGCCCAUUCGAGGAGUUGACUUCGGAUUGAGUAUUCUCUGGUUCUUGCUUUUUACUCCUUGUUCAUUUGUCUGCUGGUACAGACCACUUUAUGGAGCCUUCAGGAGUGACAGUUCUUUCAGAUUCUUCGUUUUCUUUUUUGUGUACAUUUGUCAAUUUGCUGUGCAUGUACUUCAGGCUGCAGGAUUCCAAGGAUGGGGCAAUUGUGGAUGGAUUUCAUCCCUCACUGGGCUCAAUCUUAGCAUUCCAGUAGGCAUUAUGAUGAUAAUCAUAGCAGCGCUUUUCACAGCAUCUGCUGUCAUCUCACUAGUAAUGUUUAAAAAGGUACAUGGUCUCUACCGCACAACUGGAGCAAGUUUUGAGAAGGCCCAACAAGAAUUUGCAACGGGGGUGAUGUCCAACAAAACUGUACAAACUGCUGCAGCCAAUGCUGCGUCAACAGCAGCAACUAGUGCUGCUCAAAAUGCUUUCAAGGGUAACCAAAUAUAGCGAAAAGAAAUGAAAAAAAUCACUACCAUUUUCAGCUGUAUUUUCUUUUUCAGUCACUUAUAUUCCCUAAAGACUUGUGUUAAAAAUGCACACAGCAUGUAUGUCUCUUCAGCUGUGCAUGGGCUAAAACAGGAAAAGGUCCUUGUUUCAUUACUUUGUACACUUAUUUAUUCAAUCAAAGGUACUUCCUGGCUACUACUCUUAACUGAAAAUGGUUCUAUUAUUCCUCAUCUUUUUGGAGGCACGCUAUAUUUGGUGAAAAUUUAAAACCGUGAAUCUGAAA